AUGUUGACGGCUAUACACAAGCGGGAGUUUCUGAUUUUUACUGCCAUCACGUAUGUGCUGACGAUAUACUGUGUUAUAUCGGCUUGUCAGAGCAGUGUGUCCUUCUUGCAGAUAGCUCUGAAGCUGUCUGAAGGGUUCAAUAUACUGAUUAUAACUGUGUUCACGUUGCUGAACUCGACACUGCUGUGGCAGUUCCUGACGAGCAUGCUGUUUGGGGAACUGCGCAUUAUAGAACAUGAGCAUAUCUUCGAGAGAUUGCCUUUCGCAGUGAUAAACACUAUAUUCAUGUUUUCCACUUUCAAUGAGAAGUACUUCUUCACAUUGGCCACAUGCGCAUUGGUGUUGCUAUACAUGAAGGUGUUCCAUUGGAUUUUAAGGGAUAGGCUGGACCUGUUGUUGCAAGGAAUCAAUGAGGAUACCAGAUGGAAGGAUUUGCUAGUGAACCGGUACAUUUGUAACUUGCUGUUGCUUGUGGUAAUUGACUCUUACGUGAUUUCGUUCUGUGUCUCCACGGCUUACAACAUUGCAAGUUCGAUCUUCACGGCUGGCACCAAUUCCAUCGUCCUCGGCGGAGGUUCCCCUCUCACACAGAGAGCAUUAAUCUACAUCAUGCAAGCCAUGGAGUUCACAAACUUGAUGAUAGACCUAGUUAACUUGAUAUUGAACACUGGACUACAAUUUUACGAAUUUCACUUGUCGAGAAAGUUCUCACAGAAUAACCCUACAUUCAACUCCAUAUCUGCUGAAGAUGCUGACACAGAAUCUGAAGACGGUGACUCCCAAUUCAAUGGGUUAGAAGGUAAAUUCAUGUAUGAGAAACUGAUUGAUGUUGUAACAAGGUUUUUGCAGACAUUGGUUCAUGUAGUGAUGGCGAUGGUACUCAAUUUGCCUUUGAUGCUAGUGAAGGACAUAUUCGUCGACGUAUGGGUCCUUUAUAUGAACUCUAAGUCCUUGUUGGCGAUCUGGAAAAAUAGUAAACAACUGGAUACAAAACUCCCAACUAUGACUAGUGACGAUUUGAAUAACGAUCCUAACUUCGACAAUGUUUGCAUUGUCUGUAUGGAUGAGCUUGUGUCAGAGAACCCUCACCAUCAUCAAAGUGAUGGCAAAAAACCAAAGAAACUACCAUGUGGUCAUGUUUUACAUCUUUCUUGUCUAAAAAAUUGGAUGGAAAGAUCACAAACAUGUCCAAUUUGUAGAUUGCCUGUGUUUGAUGAAAAUGGUGAGAUUCUAGCACCAUCUUCCGCCAAUGUAUCACAGACAAAUUUAAACCCUGGUGAAAAUCCAGAUCAACGAGAUGAGGCAGACGACGAAUUAGAGGACGACACUUCUAUUGCUGAUUUACCAAUAACAGAUAAUAUCAGUGCUAUACCAUUGACAUCGGAUUAUCCUUUCUCAAUAAGAAAUGUUGGUCAAGAAGUCUGUAAAGAGCUUGGAGGAACCUCAGAAGAGAUGACACACGAUGUGGACGAGGAAAUCUUGGAAUUUGAAAUCGAAGAUUCUACAACGGGGAGAGCACUGCCCGCAAGAAUGACGAUAAAGAAAAGAUCUCAUACUAAUAAAGUCUCUGUUCCUAGUGAAUCCAUAAUAGCAAGCCAUCCCGAACAAGACAAUAACGAAAAAAUGCAUAACAUGUAA